AGACAAGCGGGAAGUGCUGUGAAUAAUCCCCUUUUCCGCGAUUUUGACCGUACUGUAAGUGAUUGAUUUGUGAGCUUUUUCUGUUUACUAAAGAACCUAUCGUGAGUGGUUUCAAGACAAAGCCCUCGAGGAAGAAGCUGUACUCGACUGCGAAAAGACAUCUUUUGUUCCGAAUUCCAUAGACUAAUAAUUGUCACUAACUGCAUUAGAGUUCUGCUAAACUUUGGUUCUAAUUCUUAGCAAUUUUUUUUUCAUCUACGAAUUAAAACAUACAGUCUUGCCAGAGUAAAUCGCCUUUGGGUGCUAAAAUGUUAAAAAGAAAACCAAGUCUACGUGCAGAUUGAUCUAGAUUUAGAUUUGUGCGUGCAACUCGCAAUCGCUUCUGGACGGAAGUGAGCAGAUCUUAAUUGCAGCAAAUAAUAAUAACAUUCCUAGGCAGAAGAAAACGGGACCACAGAUUUGCGAGACCUGAACGUUCAGCCUGGCUCAAUUUUCCUCUUAUCAGUGGAGGCUAUGAUAGAAAGUGAAGGAGAAUAAAAGAGAAAAUAAUAUAAUACACGCAAUUGCUCUUAAAGAGAACAAAAACAGAAAAUCUAGACAAAAUCUGUUGACCAACAGCAACUCAAGAUGGCUGCACGCAUCCGGGGAGCACCAGGCGACGCCCCGCAGCAGAUACAGACUGGUACAGAAGAGCCAGAUCUCUUUCAGGUCAUCACGGAAGAUGACCGCCACAAAGCGGACGAGGAGAUGGUGAGAGAACUCUUACAUUACGCCGGAUACACGCUCCUAGGGGUGCUACUGUUCUUGAUCAUCAUUGGCUGCUUCGCCUCAGACCCUCGCGCAUGCGUCGUGGCUUUCGGCACCGGAAGUCCGUGCUGCCUUCUAUGUCCGUGCAUCAAGAGUCUGUACAAGUACACGAACCCAUCCAAACUCAUUCAGGACAGCGCCAACACCUACGUCCCCGGAGUCCUGAUAGAAGACGAUGGUACCGUCACGGCCUACGAGCCCAGCCCCGAGGAAACGCAGACUUUGUACGAGCUCAUUAACGAGUUCAUGAGCAUAUCAUGACCCCUGAACUCUGACCUCAUAAAAUGAAAGGGUUCAUCCCAAGGAGUUUAUUCCUUGGUUCAUCCCUACUCUCUGCAGUUUUGAGAACGUUAUUGUGACUCCCAAAAAUGGCUUUAAAAGUGCAUUACAC